GGUUCAUACAACCUUAAAAAGUAUCGAUAGCUUGAUUUUAAUAAUUUUGCUUCAUAUCCGUAUAAUACGUAUAAUUGGUAAUUCCCGUUAAAACGUUUUCGAAGAACCUAUUGUACAUUGUACCCAAGCUUCAAAAGCACUCGCGUUCCGUGUAGCGUUACGUUUACGUUUGGUUAGUUUGGUUACGUUGAAGGCCUUAUACAUUUCAAUAACCUUAUUCAUUCCACGUUUAAAUAAGUUUUAUCAAAGAGAAACUUAUUAAUAGAUUAAAUUUACGAGGUGUUCAAAUAAUGUAACAUGAAUUCGAACAGUUUGAGAGUGUUGAAAAGACCCAAUCCAUGUGCACAAAAUAUAAGGUGUCAGAAAUGCCUGGAAAUAGGACACUGGAGUUAUGAAUGUAAAGGAAAGAGGAAAUAUUUACAUAGAUCCUCGCGUACGUCACAAUUGAAGAAAGCGUUACAGAAGCAACAGGAAUCGAACGGUGAAGAACAAAACAAGGAAGUAAAGAAAGGCCAUCAACAGAAGAAGAUGAAGACAGAUUUUGUUAAUUCCAAUGAUACAGAUUCAAGUGCUGAUAGCAGCAGCUCUAGCAGUAGUAGCAGUAGCAGCUCGUCCUCGGACAGUGAAUCGGACUCUAGUGAUAGCGUCUCUAGCAGUAGUAGCGACAGCAGCAGCAUCAGUAGUAUCAGUAGCAGUAGCAGCAGCAAGACAAGUAACCAUUCUUCUAAUUUUAUUCAACCACACAAACGUUCACACCUCUCUAGAUAGGGCGUAAAAUUUGAUGAACAUUAUAUUUUUAAUAUUGCAUAUACGACGAGUGCAAAUGUACAAGUAUUAAUGUACAAAAUCUUCAAACUAAAGUACUUACACGUAUCGUACAUUUCGAAUGAAUUUUGUAAUCGAAUUGUAUCGUGCGUACAUGGUCCUGAUGAUAACAGAAGCGAGAGAUGAUGUAUGUAUCGAAACUAUGUCGCUAAGUAGUCUGUGUCCGAGAGUGAAAGACGUGCUGAUAAUUAUUAUACAUCGGUCGUAGUAAAAACGAUUGAUCUUUUAUUGAAGUCAUAUAAUUGUACGUAAAAACUAUGCUUGUAUAAACAGUAUCGAAUUGUAAAUAAAGUCGUAUUUGAUUUGCAUCAUC